CAAAACGUAUUCAGUCUCAUUUUUAAUAUGAAGGUCUUCAUAGCAGGAAUUGCUUGUUCUUUAGCUUGUUUAUUUCUCGGGGCAAGCCAAGGGAGUGCUUCUUUGCUAACUGAGAAUUGUGGGACAACUGAGCACCCCUCAAGAAUUCGACGGGUUGUAGGAGGCCAUGAUGCUAACAGAUUUGAGAACCCCUGGAUGGUUAUGGUGAUUGGAAAAGACAAUAUGUUUGUAUGUGGCGGUUCGCUCAUAACGUCUCUUUUCGUCUUGACUUCGGCGAGCUGUAUUUCCUCUUCGCCCAAACAGGUGAGCUUGGGCGAAUAUGACAGAAAUUGCAGGAGUGAGGAUUGCUUAUCCAGCCGAAAAUUGAUUGACAUCGAGCAGCAAUUUAUCCACCCUCAAUUCCAAUACUAUCAGAAUGAUAUAGCACUGCUUCGAUUGGCCACGGAGGUGGUUUUUUCAGCUUAUAUCAGGCCGAUUUGUCUGUCCGUCGAUCGUCCAGUUGGAAGUCACAUUCGAGAAUUUACUGCCACGGGAUGGGGGAAAACUGAUUCAAGUGAAACAAGCAAUGUACUGCAAACGACAACUCUAAAACUUCACAAUCCUAUACAUUGCAAUGAUAAAUUUCGUACAAAACUUGAUGCAUCGCAACUAUGUAUUGGCGGUGAACAUAGCGAUACAUGUAAUGGCGAUUCAGGGGGUCCUUUGAGCGCAAAGGUUAGUGGGGGCAAAACUGAUCGCGUUUUCCUAUUCGGCCUUGUCAGCUAUGGAUCUUCAUUUUGUAGUGGCAUCGCUGUUUACACAAAUGUACAGCACUACAGGGACUGGAUUGUGAAUACUAUUGCCAUGCAGGGUUCGUAA